AUGUUCAGUGCAGUGGUGCUGGUGCUUGGCUGUUUUCUGCAGAGGAAACUGGUGACCACAGAGGGGCAUCAUGGGACCAAUCGCUUUGUCCUCUAUGCAGUGCAUGUGGACGGUGGCAUCAGAGCCGCCAGAACUCUGGCUGCACAGCACGGACUGGAGUUCAUACAACAGGUUGGCAGCCUGGAAGAUGUUUACAGCCUGAGAGACAGCAGGGGGCGCUCUGACCGAGCCACCUUUGAGAGCAGACUUGCGACUGCACCAGGGGUUCACUGGUUCCAGAGGCAGUACAGCCAUUACAGAGAGAAACGGGCUGUUGUGAAAGGACUGGACCACAGCAACGCUCACAGUUCCCAAAGGAGGGAGUAUACAACUGACAGGCACCCUGAGGAGAGGAAGAGUGACCAAUCCCUCACCUUCAACGACCCGCUCUGGCCCAUGCAGUGGGAACUGUUUACACAGGGCGAGUACAACUCCAGUGGGUUUGACCUGAAUGUGAUGCCAGUUUGGAGCAAAAACAUCACUGGUAGCGGAGUAGUGGUCAGCAUCAUUGACGACGGUGUUGAUCACACAAAUAAAGACCUGAAGAGAAACUUUGAGGCCCUCGCCAGUUUGGAUGUGUGUGCCUCACACGGACCAUCUCACGAUCCCAUGCCUGUCAGAGAUGAGGAGAACAGUCACGGCACCCGGUGUGCAGGGGAGGUUGCCAUGGAGGCCAACAACUCCUACUGCGGUGUGGGUAUUGCCUUCAAUGCCAGGAUUGGAGGUAUCCGCAUUUUGGACUGCUCUGUCACUGAUGACAUGGAAGCCACAGCUCUGACCUUCAACAUCCAAUUCAUUGACAUCUACGUCUGCAGCUGGGGCCCGCGGGACGACGGGGCCACGCUGGAUGGGCCGCACAGACUGACAGCGAAAGCCCUCCAGCUAGGAACUCACAAGGGCCGAGGUGGGAAGGGCAGCAUCUUUGUGUGGGCGGCAGGUAAUGGUGGUAAGCAUCAUGACCACUGCGGCGCAGACGGUUAUGUUAACUCCAUCUACAACAUUGCCAUCGGCGCUGUCACUCAAACAGGGAAGCCCGCCUACUUCGGUGAGCCCUGCCCCGGGGUGAUGGCUGUCACUACGACAGGGGCCGGCGUGGGAGGACCACUAACUCUGAUCACUGUGACCACCGUUGGUGAUGGCUGCGUCACACACUUUGUCGGAACAUCCAGUGCUGCUCCGAUGGCUGCAGGAAUUCUGGCCCUUGUCUUAGAAGUAAAUCCUGAGCUGACGUGGAGGGAUGUUCAGCAUCUGAUCGCCAGGACAGCUAAGAUCCCCGACCCCGAAGAGCCCGGCUGGAACAUCAACGCAGCAGGAUACCAUGUUCACCAUAGGUAUGGCUUUGGAUUGUUGGAUGCUGGGCUGAUGGUGCAGCAGGCUGCACACUUCAACUCGGCUGCUCAGCAGAGAAAGUGCACCCAAGAAGUCACACUUCAUCCAGCCAGGAUCCUUUCUUCGGGAGGCAGGGUCAGUGUGAACAUCCUGUCAGAGGCCUGCAGUGGAGGGACUAAUGAGAUCAGUAAUCUGGAGCAUGUUCAGGUGACAGUGAGCAUCCACGCAGUGUGUCGCGGCGACCUCUCCAUAAGCCUGAAGUCUCCAGGUGGCACAGUCUCACUGCUGUUGGACACACGACCCAAUGACGCCUCCACUGACGGCCUGAUAAACUGGAUCCUGAUGACUGUGCACUGCUGGGGGGAGCAGGCACGAGGAUCGUGGAGCCUCCAGGUGACUGACCACAAAGGCACUGUGAGGGGAUGUGGGAGGCUGACUGAAGAGGAGGCAGCCGGAGCCUUGCUCGCUGUUACACUCAUCCUCUAUGGCACCUACCACCCACACCAGACCAUGCACGAAGGACCCCUCCAGAGCAUUGUGUCCAUGGGGUCACGCCACCUCGUCCCUCACAAAGGGGUGUACCAGGGGGACCUUUACCCGCCUCUGGGGCUGAUUCAGUGGAUCUACCAAAUGGAGAGAGACAGAAAGGUGCGGGCUGCUGAUAUCAACGUCCCCGCCAGACACAAGUUACAUCAGACAAAUGUACGGAAGCCCUCCACGAGACCUGCUGCUGCUCUGAAGACAUUUCAAGAGACUGAGACCAUGCAAGCUGAUGUGAAGGGAGAGAUCAGACCGUUACCACUGCAGAGUCUGCAGGAUGCUGUCAUGGUGGAGGUGCAGCUGUCAGACUCUUCAGAUCCGGGGGUUGGAGGAGCUGUGAGCGGAGAGAGGCAGGGGAACGGGCGAGGGAAUAGGUAGAGAAGUUAAGAAACAAAUGUGAACCAUGGUCAAAUAAAGACUGUUUUUUUUCACAGUGCAGUGGUCACUUGAUCAUGAAUCAACUCCAUGUACUGCAUGUGACCAUGUGGCCUCACCUCUGUGUCAGCAGAAAUCAUUUACUUUAGAUUCCUAACUUCUCCACAGCCACAGAAACACACACAGGCUUAUUUGUCGCUCUAUAGUUGUGAGCUCCUAACCUUAACCAUCACAUCUAAAUGCCUAACCCUAAACCAAACCUAAUUCUAAACCUAAUACCAAGUCUGAACCCUCAAACAACCAGCCAAAAUGUCU